AGGCGGGGCGGGGUGACGCGUGGAAGAGAUGCAGGCGCGCAGAAUGGCAGCGGCCAUGGAGGACGGCGUGAGGGUGCGCGUUGGUGGCCCAUUUCGCGUUCUACUUGGGGUCACCGGGAGCGUGGCGGCCCUGAAGGUGCCCGAGCUCGUCGGCCGGCUGCUGGAACUCCCGGGGGUGGAGGUGAAAGUGGUCACCACGGAUCAUGCAAAGCAUUUCUUCAGCCCUGAUGACCUUCCUGUUGUGGUGCUCGGUGACUCGGACGAGUGGGAGAUGUGGAGGCAACGCUCAGACCCGGUGCUGCACAUUGAGCUGAGACGGUGGGCUGACCUCCUGCUUAUUGCCCCGCUAGAUGCCAACACCUUGGGCAAGCUUGCCAGUGGCAUUUGUGACAACCUUCUAACCUGUGUUGUCCGAGCCUGGGAUCGGAGGAAGCCCCUUCUCAUUUGCCCGGCAAUGAACACGGCCAUGUGGGAGCACCCGCUGACUUGCAGGCAGUUGGGCACCCUAAAGGAGUUUGGCUACGUUGAGAUUCCCUGUAUCGCCAAGAAGCUUGUGUGCGGAGAUGAAGGCAUGGGUGCCAUGGCGGAGGUUUGCACAAUCGUGGAGGCUGUGGAGAGUCACUUGUGCUCUGUUCAGGUGACAUGUUACCUCUUUAACCCUGUGUGUGUGUGUGUCUGAGUUUGGGCCGUCCCUUUGGCUCACUGGAGACCCUCUAGAGAGCAGCGUCGCUUGCCAUUUACUGCAGGGCUGACUUGCUCCAUCGGUGGGAGCCCCUCUGCUUGACAAGGGGGUCCUCUGCCCCCAAGUGAGUAAAGCCGAGUGCAGGGUCUGUGUACACACGAAGUGCGCCCUCAUGUGGAUGGGCCCACAGCUUUGACUACCCAUCUGUGUGCCCAUGCCAACUCAUUGCCUUUUUGGAAUUCUAAACUUGACUGCGCCUAGCAGGGCUUGUUAAUGUGGCACGAGGGUGGCACCAGUGUGAUGUGCCUUAGCAGGAGACUUGGUGGACCCUAACGCACUCCUUGAAUUUUGUGCUUUAUGCCCCUCGUGUUUGCCCUGUGGAGCACCCUGGUCAAGCUGCCUGACUGUCUCUGACGCUAAGGUGGUUCUUUAAAAAUUGGGGUAGAAGUCCCAGCGUGGCACGAGGUGACAGAGGCUGCUGUGUGUCCCCCCUUGUGCUUACUGCUGGCCUUCCUGCCCUGGAGCUUUAGAUAGCCACACACGUGUGAAGCCCACCCUCGACUCGGCUCACUGCUGCUGUUUCCAUUGCUGACAGCCGCUACGCACAUUCAGGGUGGCAUUGCUGACCCCCAAGUCUCCUCGUCCUCGUGCUUCUUUUUGUUUGUUCCUGUGCUGUCACCAACGGUCUCUUGUUGUUUUUGUAAUUUAUAUAAAGUUUUUUUGUCUUUUUUUUUUUUAUCUUUCUUGUUCCCUUUGACCCCCCGCUUGUUCUCUCCUUCCCUUUUAUCUGACACCCUGUGGCUUGGCCUGUUGCCCCCAGGGUCUCUCAGACUCCUGCUGUUUAUUUGUCCCAACUUUCUUCCCACAGGUGAGAUGUGAGGUGACACUUCCGAUGACAUCAUCGUGAUGAUUACUACGGAAACAGAACUGGGCAAGAGCGGCACCUCACUGACGGGCAGCAGGUUAUCGACGACGAUCAGAAACGACGUGGUCAGCAGGGUCAGCUCUGGUGAGGGGUCUCUGACGGGUGGGGGGGGGGGGGUUGUGCUAAGUGAAGACAGCCGAAGGACACUUUGAGACUGAUGUGGCAUUUGACCUCCGCAGCAGCAGAGCUUGGCGUUACACAUGCCAGGUCAGCUGAAGAGACGCCAAGUCUGAAAGGACCAGAAAUGCAAAAUCAGGGAGGUAGCCGUGCAGGUUCUACAGUAGGUGACCGUCGCAGUGGCACGUCACCCGUAGGGUGGUGGUACAUGUGUCCCCAGGGCAGGGGGCCCGUCACGAGCAGCAUGUUGGGACGUUGCUCAUAAUUGUAAUAAAUCAUAGAUGGCUUUGUGCCAUCUGCUGCUGCUUUU